AUUGCUAUCUUUCUCUCUGUCUCUGCUCUCUCUUUUAUAAUUUCGCAUACAUCUUUUUCAGUUUUUGUAAACUCGUUACUUCAGUUUCUCACAUUUUCUAUUUUCACCUGCAUUUAUGGAUUCAGUGUACCGACUCCAGCGUCACAACUCUGAUGAAGUCUGUAGUGUGGAGUGGAAGUUCAUCAAUAUGAGCGAACAAGAGGAAGAUCUAAUCUUACGAAUGUACAGACUCGUCGGCGAUAGGUGGGAAAUAAUAGCAGGAAGAGUACCGGGAAGAAAGGCAGUGGAGAUAGAGAGAUAUUGGAUCAUGAGAAAGAACAAACACAUCUUCCUUCCAUCUUCCAAAUCUUAGCCUUCUUCUUGUUAUGCCUUCACGUUUACUUUUAUUAAUUGCUCUGUUUUUUAUUGCUUUUUUUUCUGAAACUUCAAUUACAUCUGAAGACUUUUCUCUGAACAA